AUGCCCGCAGAAUCUGCGUGGUUCAUCAAGCUGCCCACAAAGUGGCAGUGCAAAGUAAACUUUUUUUUGCACAUCGUCUGUCGCAAAAAUCGUUCCAGCGACUUUGCUGACGGACUCUUCGAACCUAGUAUUUUUCCCUAACGUUUGUUUAUUUGAAAACACAUUAAGAAACUUUUUCCUACUGCUGUUGUCUAUAGCAUUGAAAAAAUUAUUGCAAAAUGUGUAGUGCUUCAGAGGAACCAAUUUGCAAAGGUAUUUCGCAUUGUUGACUUUUUGUAAAGCUCGGGUAAGCUAAAUACAUAUAUUGUUUAAGCCAAUCGAUCUUAUGCUGCGUUCUAACUUUACGCAAAUUGUCCUUUGCACUUUUUAUUUUUCUGUUUUUUUGUACUAAUAUAUAUAUGUAUCUGGACCUGGAAAGAGGGCGUGCCUUAAUGCUUCCAUUAUCUGGCUGUUUACGCCAGCGAAGUUUCAAAAACACCAUUAAUAUUAGUUUUUUGCGUUUAAUUUUAUUCCCAUUUCAUUUUUUGUGACCGUAAAAACAGCGGCAGUGACGUGUGUUAAAUGAAAUUUUGAGUUUUGACAGUAGGUUAGAGUGGGAUUACUGGUGCUUGUACGGAUUCUUUAACGAUUCCUUAAGCUAGAUGUUUAUUGGCGUCGGUCUAGUGCAUGUAUCUAUCCGUGCCCAGAAAACUUUUGCGUGAAUGAAUAAUUCACUUUCAGAUGGAAAACGAAAAAACGCAUGGCAAAGAGAUGCCUCCUUAUCAAGAAGAAGUUCGUAGAAAACUUACUGACUUUCUCGACGAAACAGAUCAACUGUCUGGAACGGCUGCAUCGACCUCCGCACACAAGCAAAGCGACGAAGACGACGUUAUAAUUUCACCGUCAGGGUCUGCAAAGCGCAAAAUUAAAUCCAGUACAAGCGAAGAGUCCGAAAUUUCGGCAGUUUCUACUAGUUCAUCGCUCAAUUCAAGAAAGAAGUCGUCGGCAACUUCAACGAUGAGCCCACUUGAAGCAUUCCAGCCCGUUGUUGGGAAAUUUGUCGCAACAAACGAGAAGGGCGAAGAGAUCUCGAUUCCAAUGACUGUCCCUAAUUACCAAUUUGUCGCGGCGCAGCAGCUCCACCUGUCCGAGGGGGCGGACGCUGCAAUAGCCGCCUCCAUGCAGGUAAACGCCUUGUCCUCAACGUUUGCCGGUCUUAAAGCCAAUCCGGGGAUGCCGAUGGGAAUGCCACUGACCCCCAUGGAUUCACCGUUCUCUACAAUGGGUGAACCGUCACACCUUCUGAAGAAUGAGCUUGAACCAUCAGUGGGACUCAAGAAGGCGACUUUUAAAGCCGAGAAACAGACCGCGUUUGCGGAACCAAUGCAGGCACAUAUGCUUCGGGCAGAGCUCAGCGACACUGUCGAUCUACAAGACAUACAGCCGUCGACCGCGGCCAGUUCUCUAGCACAGUGGAACAAGUACACCUCGUUCUUGAGUCCGCCCAGUUUGACUGCGCGGAGUGAAGAUAAAGCUGACGAUUAUUACGAAGACUACGGACCCCAUGCAUUUGACAAUUUUGAUCAAGAAAACGAGUCAAAUGCCGAAAAGGUUGUACAAAAUGGCUAUCCGACUUUUGGGCCAUUGACAAAAACGGAUACGAUCCGACUGAUGUUCUCCAGGGUUAGACGACACAACCAGCGACUGAAAGCGCCCACGGAAAAGACGGCUGACUUCUACUUUGUGCGAACCCUGGGAGACGGCAGUUUUGGGAGUGUUUACCAUGUUCAAGAUGUCAAAAGUGGAGAGCAAUAUGCGAUAAAGAUAAUGAGCAAAAAAGGCAUAAAACGUGAACGAAAGGUGAGUAUGCAUCUAGCCGUUUUCAACUUUUGGACUGCGCAGUCCAUCUUUGCCGCAUUUCGCCUUAUAAUAACGCAUUUCAGUUGCCGUACGUCGUUCGGGAAAAGGAUAUUAUGACGACAUUACAUCAUGGCUUUGGGGGGCAUCCUUUCAUAGCCAAACUUCAUAGCUCGUUUCAAGAAAACAAUGAAAGAAUAUGUAAGUCGGUUAUAACUUAAUCAGAACAUCUAUUUAAAUAUUGCCCUUAGCAAAUACGUAUUUUAUGGUUUUCGGAUGAGUCAAAGUAACUAUCUGAUAUAGUAGUUUCGACAAAUUGUUUCGCAAUCUCGCGGAAGACUCACUCCCGACGGCGUAAACAUGUUUUUGUUCUAAAGUCUGCCGCCGUACUUUAAUCCGACCCACUUUCCGGGAAUAGGGCCGUAAAAUGUUGUCCACUGGAGUUCAAAAAGGCUAACAUAAGGCAUUAGCGUUCUACUUAGUUAAAAAAAACAACAUUUUGUUGCUUACGUUUGAUUUGAAAACACUUGUCUCUUGUUUAUAGUCAGCAACAUGAAAAAAAAAACUAACAGUUUAUUGGCUCAAUGAGACAGCAUGGGAUUCUUGAGCCAAUAUUUUUUUGCAUGUUCACAAAAACACCUUCGUUGAACAACCUUAAAAAAUGAAAACUAUUGCUUAAUACGCUAUUAAACGCAAACAUUUUGUGAUACACGAUAAUUCAGGUUUUGUGAUGGAGUACGCGCCGCAUGGCGAAUUAUUGGAGUGGCUUCGUCGUCUCGGUUCCUUCGACCUAAAUGUCUCGAGAUUCUUUGCGAGUGAGAUCCUGGAAGCCCUUGACUUCAUACAUCGUUGCGGGGUCAUUCACCGUGAUCUGAAGCCGGAAAAUAUUCUGAUCAAAAAGGACUGGCAUAUCAUGGUAACUGACUUUGGUUCUGCAAAGGUUCAAGGUUUUGAAGGAGACGGUGAGUUGGUACUGGCCAAUUUUGAAGCUUUCUCGACGCAUAUCCAAAACAGUGAUAAUUCCUUUCAGAACCAUCACAAGUCCGUCGAAUUAUGAGCCAAAAGAAUGGGGAGACUAUGCGCAAGGAACGGGGGUCCUUUGUCGGCACUGCUUUUUAUAUUUCGCCUGAGGUAGCGCAGUCUCAUACCUGUGGUCCGGAGGCCGAUUUUUGGGCGUUGGGAUGUAUUUUGUAUCAGAUGAUAUCAGGACAGCCGCCGUUCCGGGGAAUCAAUGAAUAUCAAGUCACCAAGAAAAUUACACAAUUGGAUUACAAGAUACCUCAAGGCUUUGAUGCAGUCGCCGCCGAACUAAUCCAGGAGUUGCUCGUGCUGGAGCCGACGAAACGGCUAGGUCAUAAUGGAGCUGAAGCAAUUAAGGGGCACAAAUUUUUCGAGGUAGGUAGCUGUAAACGGGAGCUGUUAGUAAUCCAGUCUUAAGAUACGUCAAAUAAAUUCUAAAUUAUUUUAGAACGUUGACUUCAACAAUAUUACAAACAGCAGUCCACCGGAGUUGAAACCAUUUCUCCCUGCUUCCGGAAACCAGCCAGCUUUCUACUCAAACUUUAAGGUGCCCGAACAUAUGGAGCCGGGACUUACGCGAAAAACCAUGGCGCGGCUAAUGGGUUUAGAUGAGUUGUUUACUCCAUCGCCUUCUCAGCCUACGAAGACGGCGAUGCCAAAGCAGGAGAAGUCCGAGGAAGCCGUUCGAAAAGGCUUGCUAGAUGCACAAAGGAAAGACCACUCCUACCAUCGGUUCGUGGAGGACAACCUUAUUUUACGAUCAGGCCUUAUUGACAAAAAGAAAGGGAUGUUCGCCAGACGACGCAUGUUUUUGCUGACAGAGGGUCCCAGGUUGUUCUACGUUGAUCCUGACAUGAAAGAAUUGAGAGGAGAAAUCCCCAUAACCCCAUCGUUAAGGACCGAGGCUAAAAACUUUCACACGUUCUUCAUUCACACGGUAAGGUUUUCGGAAUAAAAAUAUCUACUUUUGACCUCACUUUUGAUCAUGUAGCGGAACAAGUAUGAAAAGAAGUGUUUGAUUUCUAACUCCAACGCUUUCAGCCGCUACGGACGUACUUCCUUUACGACCCAGAUAGUCAUGCAAACGAAUGGUGCGAAGCGAUCGAAAAGGCACGAGACAAAUACUGCAAACCGGACGCUCCGGAGCUAGAUUUUUAUCCCAGAGGAAAAAUGUUCACAAAUAAGUCCAAACGAGCGAAGAAAGACCGACAUUUGGAGAAUCAUGGCAAGCAAAAAGAGAAGAAUGCUUCACCGACAAACAAUAAGUGGGGACGGAAAUCAAAGUAAUACAUAAUUCACUUUUAUUUAUUGUCUCCAAUAUAUUAUAUUACAUUCUUACGUGUUUGAAGUGCGGAAUUUACAUGUAUUAUAAUUAUCAUUUCUUGUGAUUAAAAAAAGAAAGAGUUCUAUUUCAGCCCUCCCAAAUAUGAACAAGUUGCCUUACCUCUUUUUUUCUUCUAA